ACGUAGAGAGAGAAAGAAGAGAGAGAGAGCGCCAUUCCUCUUCUUACCAAAAAAAAAAAAUUAACGUAGGGCUUCGUCGUCUUCAUUCAGGUGACAUAAGCAUAAGUGGUAUUGGAGGUGGAGAAAACAAGAAUACCUUUCUAGAGAGAGAGAGAGAGAGAGACCUAAUUAUCAACACGAUCAGCUCAGGCCAGGGAAGAUAAUUAUGAGUCUGGGAGGUUCAUCUUUGGGUACUGGAGGUAGAAAUUUGAGAAGUGCGAUAGAGUUUGGGAGAACCCAUGUUGUGAGGCCGAAGGGGAAACAUCAGGCCACAAUUGUUUGGCUUCAUGGUCUUGGCGACAAUGGUUCUAGCUGGUCUCAACUGUUGGAGACAUUACCUCUUCCAAAUAUUAAAUGGAUCUGCCCAACUGCUCCAUCUCAACCUGUUUCAUUGUUUGGUGGCUUUCCUUCCACUGCCUGGUUUGAUGUAACUGAUUUGUCGGAGACUGCUCCUGAUGAUGUUGAAGGUCUGGAUGCUGCAGCAGCCCAUGUUGCUAGCCUUCUAUCAACAGAGCCAGCUGAUAUUAAACUGGGUAUCGGUGGUUUCAGUAUGGGAGCAGCAACUGCCCUCUAUUCGGCAACUUGCUUUGCUCUAGGAAAAUAUUCGAAUGGGAAUGCAUAUCCAUCAAAUUUAAGCGCGGUUGUUGGAUUGAGCGGCUGGCUUCCAUGUUCCAAGAACUUAAAGAGCAAGAUGGAUGAAGUAGCUGAAGCUGCUAACAAAGCUGUCUCUUUGCCUGUCCUGCUUUGUCAUGGUAGAGGUGAUGAUGUGGUUCCAUUCAAAUUUGGCGAGAAAUCUGCUCAUGCUAUGAGCUCGUUAGGGUUUCAGAAAGCAACAUUCAAAUCCUACAAUGGAUUGGGGCACUACACAAUUCCUCAAGAGACAGAUGAUGUUUGCUCAUGGUUAACCUCAAACUUAGGACUUGAAGGCAAUUAAUUAAUCAGUUCUUGUUUGAACUUUCAAGAAAACAAGAACCUAUUUAUACUCAAUUGUUGUUUUUUAUCACUCUUUUCAUAUUUGUAUCAACUUUGGAUUAUGUUUGAUUUCCAAAUCUACUUGUUUUGUUUAA